AUGGGUUCCGAAUCUCCGCAAUUCGUCUACAAAAUCCUUCCCGAGGCCCCAGCUGAGCCCUUCCCUGCCCGGCUACCCUUGUCCGAGCUCGAUGCUAAAGACGGCUUCAUCCACCUGAGCACUGCUGUCCAGGUCCCUAAAACCGCAGACUUGUUCUUUGCCGAGCAUACCAAGCUCUGGGUCGUCAAGCUAGUGCUCUCGAAGCUGCCCGAUCCCGUCAAGUUCGAGAAUGGCUUCCCUCAUCUCUACGGCAACUUUGGCGCCCGUGACAUUGACUCGGAAUCUCGCUUCGAGCGUCGACAAGGGCAGACAUGGGCCGAUAGCAUGGGCACAUCCUCUUGGCUGGAUUAG